ACAGAAGAUGUGUGGGCAUUUAAAUAAAUUAUUUUCUAGACUUCAAGGAAAUUUGUAUGCUCAAUGGAGAGAUUAUAAAUCUCUUUUGAAAUAUAUAGAAAAUAACGGCUCGACCAUCGAGAAUACAAAAGUCUCACAAGCACUAUUGGAAGCAGAACAAUUAAAACGAAAGAUUGAUAUUUCGCAAAAUUUUUUGAAUUGGUUAAUUGAAUUAUUGGCUGCUUCAUUGUAUCCUGGCGCAUCGUUUCAAAGAGUAUCAUCUGCUCUUAAAAUUUUUAUCAUAUUAAUCAAAACAUUUGGUCUUGGUAAUGAAUCUUCACUUACAAAAGAAUUUGUAAAUAAAAAAAAUGAAUCAACAACUUUUCCUUUUCAGCUUCCGCUUGCCACAGCCAGAAAUGUAAAAUUAAUUUUAAAUUGUCUAAUGAAUCCGUUUGAUGAAAACCGAAUGCUAUCAUAUGAAAUACUCGAAAUGUUUCCCUCUCCGUUACCAGGAAUUGAAUCAAUUGAUGAUGUACAGGAAAUUUUAUUUUGGGCAUUUCAGUCAAUGACGAAUACGAGAGCUGGUGAAAGCGAUAGUGGCGCUACAAUAUUUGGUCUAAUAUUUUCAAAAUACGUGUUGAAUCUUGGAUAUGAUUUGGAUGUAGAAUUGGAUAAAGGUCCCCCUAUCUCCUCUUUGGGCUUGGAAGUUAAUGAUAAAUCAACUACAUUUAUUGGGAAAUUAAUGGUGCUUUUAGAAAAGCAAAUUAAAAUUGCAUCUCAAAACUUACUACUUGCGUCUCAAAAAUAUCCAAUGCAUGGAACUUUACUCUCACUUCAAUAUAUAUUUAAAAAAUUGGAUUACAAUUCCACAAUCAUAAAGUCGAAUUUGAUGGAAUGGCGCUUUGUUCAUGACAAAAUUAUCUCACUGAUUAAUCAAGCAUGUCAAAUAGUACUUGAAGUGUUGUCAAAUCCAUCACCUGAAGGAAAUGUACCAGCAUCGUUUCAAGAGAUGGAGGAGGCUAUUGAUGAAUUGGUUUAUUCAAGUGACAAUGGAGAUGUGGAAAGUGACGAAGGUCCUAAACAUCAAGUCAUAUUAAGUUGUUGCUGGAGAGCUGUGAAAGAAGCAAGAGCGCCAAUGGCUAUAACUUUAAUAGAUAAUGAAGCAAUGCUUAAUUAUGAGCAAGUUCGAAAUGGAGGUGCAUUAUUUCGAACGCUGUUGACAUCUAUACGUCAUAGAGGAGCAUUUUCUGCGGUGUACCCUGGAUAUGUAUCAGUCUGUUCUCGAUUGCUAGAUUCACCGCAAAUCGAGUUUACUGAGUUGCCUAAAACGUGGCUUAAGGAAGACAUUUGUGCAAUAACAACAAAUUCAAUUUCAAUAACACGUCGAAGUGCUGGCCUUCCAUUAUGUAUCUUGGCAAUAGUUAGUAGUGAACCAAAAACACUACUUCCAUGGGCCAUGAAAGUUUUACUUAACAUCGGUUCCCAAAAAGUUUCAACCGAUGGCGACAUUGAUCAACAAACUGUUGAUUUACCUCAAGUUCAUGCUUUUAAUAUUUUAAGAACGAUAUUUAUGGAUGCGAAAUUAGGUGCAGACGUUUUACCUUAUGUUUCUGAUGGAUUUAUGUUGGCCAUUAAUGGAUUUUGUUCAUCCAGCUGGGCCAUUCGAAAUUGCUCAGUAAUGCUAUUUUCUACGCUUUUGCAAAGGACUUUUGGAACAAAGAAAACAAAAGAUGAACAUCAUUCUAUUAACCAAUUAACUAGUCGCGAGUUUUUUUCAAGGUUUCCAAAAUUACAUCCGUUUUUAGUGGAUGAACUUACAAUUGCAGUUGAUCAGCUUAUAAAACCAACACAAUAUAAUAAAAUAGAAGUGCAUCCUGGACUUUAUCCAAUUCUUACAUUGUUAUCUCGAUUACAUCCAUCGUUAAUGGAAAGUUCAGUAUUGAAUAUGAAUCCUUUUGUGACACUUGCACGAGAAAUGUCUGCAAGAUCACUUAUUCCAUUAAUCGCGUCACAAGAUUUAAUCCUUACUUGUACCGAAUUAUUUAAUGCAUGUGAAAUAAGUAAUCAAAAUGAAUUACACGGGCGAUUAGUUCAAAUACAAUAUUUAAUGCGUGGACAUCUUAGUAGGAAUCUUACUGGAUUUGAUUUGACAAAGGAAUUUAUAAAUAAAAUGGAAUUAAUGAUAAUGCCAAAGAUUCCUGUAAUUUGUUAUCAAAAUCCUUGUGAAAUUACGAAAUCCUUAUUUUUGGAAAUAAUGAAUGAAUUUAUAUUUGAUUCUAAAUGGAUACUUAACGAACAGGACAAGCGGAAGCGGUCCGAAUUAUUAACUUUGAUGGAAGAAAAGUUUGCAAAAAUGAGGCAAACCAUAUUUGAUCUGUCUUUAUUCAAUCUUUUUAACAAAUCCAACGCUACUUUGAAAAUUGGAAACUUUCUAACCCGACAACAAAUGGCAAAAGUGGUUAUUAAAUCACUGUUGAGUCAAGAUACAAUUGAAAAGAACGAGAUUAUAGUAAAAAUUUUGAGUGACGAAGAAUAUGAAAUUAGACUUAUUGCUCUGGAAACGCUUUUUGAAUAUUUUCUUGAAGUGGACAUUACACAUAUUGGUACAAGCAUCAUACCAGUAAUUCAGUCAAAAUUAAUCAAGAUGUUAUACCAUGGAGAACAAUAUCUCAAGUGUUUUCAACUCGUAAUAGAAUUACUUGUAUUAAUCAACUCGGAUUAUCCACUUCCAAAAUCCAAUUUAAUAUCAUCACAGCAAUCUUCUAAGUUCGAAUUGGAAGAAUUUUGGAAAAAAUUGUUCUGGUAUAUGGAAGAAUCCAAGAGUUCAUCCAUAAUUGAAGCUACAAUACCGCUCUUAGGAGCUUUGACGGCUGAAAUAUGGGACGAAACAUCAUUAUCACAUGAAUUCAGGUCCUUGAGUUUGAAAAAAUGGGCCGAAUAUAUAAACAAAAAUACUAAACCUGAAAUUACUUUGACAUUGCGUGAGGCGGCUACAAAAUCCAUACAAUUAUUUAGUAGACUUCUAUUUAAAAAAGAAACAAUGUUCACUAAUAAUGACGAUAUACAAUAUUUUAUAAUUUUAUAUGUUGCUCUCAUUCGGCUUACUCAGGAUGAUGAUAUUGAUUUACGUCGAACUGCUGCGUUAAUUGUAUCUGAAGCUAUGGGUUUGGAGGACCCAGUUGGUUGUGAUAGGGCGCAAGAAUUUUGUUAUGAGUAUAUGACCAACCAAUAUUCUGGAUCACUUCAUUUAUGCGUAGCGUUAUUACAAAUAUUGGCAGGUGAUGUUAAGCCAGAUGAGAUAUUAAAGUCAGAGAUGGCACCAUCUAGAGUUUUGUUUGCUAUAGAGAAUCCAAAUAUAUAUAAAGAAGAUUUGGUUGAUAUUCAAUUAGCUUAUAAGUAUCUACGAACGGUCAUAAAAAAGGAAAGAAAUAAAUUAGAAUUUCCUGAUAUGUUUAGGAAGGAUAUUCCAAGGUUUUGUGUCCAACAAUUAGGUAUAGUAUGCGAGUUUAUAAGUACGCGUGAAGUACAGACCAAUAAGAAUGGACCGCUUGGCUUUACUUCACUUCCCAACGUGUUUACUGUUAUGUAUAGAAUAAUAAUAACAGUUUUGGUGAUGAUUGAACUUGUAUCAGACACAGAAAACAUUCUGAAAGACAUCCAAAUAAUAAUUGAUAAGUUAAUUCAAGAUAAAAUACAAUUACAUCCAUUACUUAAUGACUUAUUGUUUGGGAAAUUGAGUCAAAAAUGCUUUAACACUAUUACGAAAGGGAAAGAUAAAGAUGACAAUGAGUUUAUGAUGUUUGUAAAAGAGUUUGAGUUGUUGUUUUUAUCGAUUACUUAG